GUAUUGAAGAAACACCAACGAUAUACGAAUUUGUAAUAACCAAAACAUGGAAAUCUAAAUUAACAAGAAACAGUGUACAUUGAGGAUUCGUGAGGCGUUCACAAGCCGGCCUUCAGGUAAUAAAAGAAGGAGGGAAAUCAUCAUAAUAACCGAGGCUGCGGCUGUAGAUAACGAUUCACAGAAACAAACCAUUUAAUCUAUUUACAAGCACAGAUUUAGCAGUGCGCUUGGUGAACUUUGAACUUAUUGCAGAACAGGCAUAAAAGAUUGACAAUGGAGAUUCCUGAAGUUACCAAUCAGAACUAUGUUGGAAUGCUCCAGGAGAAAUGUUGUAAGAGUAAGAUCAGUUUACCUAAUUAUUGUGAUCUAGAAACUGAUAGAAGUAAUCUAUUCAAAUGCUCUUGCCAGUUAGGGGAAUUGCAUACAGAAGGUGUUGGGUACAGUAAGAAAGCUGCUAAACAGAAUGCUGCCCAGCGCAUGCUUUCAAAGAUGGAAAGUACAAACACUUCGAUUAUAGGGGAAAAACAGGAAGUGGUAAUAAAUUCAGUGUCAAGACUUGGUGAAUAUGCUACCAAAAAUAAGUUAGAUAACCCAUUAUAUGCUGAAAAAUCAGAAGAAGAUGGAUUAUUUGUAUUCACUUGUACUUUUAAUGGUUUCACAUGUGAAGGCAGAGGUCACACAAAAAAGCAAGCCAAAGAAAAAUCUGCAAAUUCCGUGGCUCAACAUUUUGGAGUUCAUGAAUAUUUUGAAAACUUAAAGAAAUGUGAAAAAAGAAAAAGUUUACUUAAACCUCCAACUCAACGUCUCCAUGAAUAUUGCCAGGAUAAACAUGUUACCGCUUUGUACAGUGAAGAAAAAAUCAGUUUAGCCAAUAAGAAGGAAGCUUAUGUUGUAAUCUGUAAGGUCGGUGAUUUUGAGCAGAGAAGUUUACCGAAUGAGUCUAAAAAAUUGGCAAAGUUAGAAGUAGCCAGUAUGGUUCUUAACUUAUUAAACAAUGACACUCCUGGAUCCUCACCAUCAGAAGAACGUAAGAGAAAAUCAGUGAAAGAGGAUCUUGAGCUUACGGAAGAAUUAACGAACCCAGCUUCAAAAAAACUUAAAAACUGUUAAACAAUUUAAGUAAACUCAAAUAUAGUCCCAAUAUUAAAGAACUAAUAGUUUGUACAAUUUUACAUACACUAUGUAUUAUAUGUCCAAUUUUACAUACACAAUGUAUUAUAUGUAUAUAAUUUUUGAUAAAUACUAAUUUAUUAAAAGUACUUCAAAUAUUUUCUCCAUUGGGAAUAAAAUUGAACACUAUUUUUUUUACACAAGUGCAAUGAAUAUUCUUUUGUAAAGGAAAUAAUCAUAUAAAAAACAGCUAAAUUAAGAAAUGUAAGGGUAAUGAAAGCUUGUUCAAGUUGAACUUUCAAAUGGAUGGAAAAUAUAAUGUGUUAGGAUGUAAUAUUAUAUUUGUAUUGUAGAUCUUAUGUCACAAACACUUAAUGGCUAUAAUGGCUGUCAUUUAGGUUUAGUGGCCAGAAGCAAGUGGUUUCAUCAUAUUUUUAUUUAAAGUAAUAUGUUAUGAAAAAUUUAUUAUAACUUUUUAUGUUAGUCUUUGAUAUACAACCAUAUCGCAGUAAGAAUUGUUAGCCAUCACUAAAUGUACCUUACCAUUUAGAGUUCUUGAGUUAUUCCCCCCCCUCCCAUUAAUGGUGGGAUAAGGUAAUUUUAAAAUCAUCCAAAAAGACUAUAACUUAUAUAGAAGCCUUUAAGGGCCUAUUGCAAAUUUCAUAUAUUCAAAACUUAAAGGGAGGAGACAGGGUGUUACAAAAGUCCCACACGGGCCUGAUAAUUCCCAAACAGGUAAAGCAACAAAACUUGGUACAUCUUUACUGCACCUAUAAUAAAUUUACUUUCUGAAGUAACUACCAUUUUUUUGUCAUGUCAGGGAGAUGGCUCACAGGGAGUAGGAAGGAAAUCUUAAGUGAAAUAGGUCGAGUAGUACAUCAAAUUGAAGGGCUUAAUUAGUAGAAAACAAUGCCGCAAAUCCGAUUUUGAUCUGAUUCGAAAAUGUUGACUCUUUAAAAGUUAUGCUUGUUUUUAAAGUUUGAAACAUUUAUAAUGUAGAUCCUGUUUUAGUUAGUUUAAUAUUCUUGUCUUGACUCAAGUUGUGAAAGUGAAACUUAGUAAAUGAAUACUGAAUUUAAGAAAUAGUUUUAAGGUAGUUGGUGACCCAUCAAUUGUGCACCUGAUGAGAUAAUGAGAACACCUCUUCUGCUAAAUUACACAUAUUGUAGUCCAGGUGCCUCUCAUGUAAAACAGAUUUAAAGAGUUAAUUUGAACUUUUUUAUCACUGACUUUUUUUGGAUCCCUUCAGUCUGUGACAGUGUCAGAUUCCAGACAUUGCACCAAGAGCUAAACUCAACAUUCAUACUUAAUAUAGUUGUAAUGUAAAAGCUGUGUUCUACAUACAACAGAACAGCUUGAUUUGAUUCAUUGUUAUUUGUAUUGGUUAUUGAUUAUGUAGAGUAAGUAAAUUGGUACAUAUAUUAUGUAUUUCUUUAGUAAAACAUAUGUAAUUUAACCAAGUCUAGAUUACAUGGGAAAUAUAGUUAUAAUUUUAAUUGAAGUUAAAUACUUGUAUGUUUAUAUUUUAUUUUAAGAUUUAAUAUAAUUUACUUUGAUGUUAUAAAGCUCAUGUUUCAUAA